UGCAGAGUUUUCCGUCCUGUGUCAGGAUAACACCGUAAACGAGGACCACCUGACGAUAAGACCGGACUAAAUGGAAGCAGCGGAGGAAACUCUCAGGUACCUGGACGACACCGGACUUCACAGGAAGCUGCUCUUACAGGACAGGCACAAGGACAAGAAGAAACCGGACAGUAAAAGCCGCGACACAACGAGCGACGAGUCCAACUAUGUGGACCUGGACGUGAGACCCGAGGGCGCAAAAUCAGUGAAAGUGACUUUUACGGGCGACGGCGGCCACCUGUCCGUCAUCAAGUGCGACCCUUCGAACAGAGAGGAGGCCGUGGAGCUGCGGGGACUGGUCCCAGGUGAGCUGCCCCUGGAAACUCUGGACAAACUCUUCAACAGCGGUCAGUGUUCAGACAAUGACCAGCAGCUCGGCGCUGAGCUGCAGCCCAGUGACUGCAGCGAGCAUGUCUGCAGUGGGAGCGACGAGCUCCGGUACACGGACAUGUACCUGAACAGCAGAACCGAGUCCGACGACGGGGCCAGCGCGGUGCUCUCUGACACCGUGGAGGACGAGUCCCACUAUAUCACCACGCAUGAAAUCCAGCUGACCGAGCUGGACCACGAUGUAGACUACGACCUGGGACGCGGCACCUGUUGGGAACUCGAGGACGACAACUUGGUUUAUUCAUUUGUGGAUUACGCUUCGUUCGAGAGCGAUGAGACGCAGGAGGGGACGCUGGUCAUGGAGGGCAGGAGCCUGCAGACCAAAGUCCACUCUCACCUGGACAGAACUGUGGUCACGACGGAGCAGGAGGAUGAGGAGGAGAGUGACCUCUGUGACUCGGACAAAAGUUCGGACGAGAGCGUGUACAAAAACCAGAACGAGAACGGAAAUAAAGGCAAGAUACACUUAUCCAUAAAAACCUCCUCCAGAGCGGUGCCCGAGGCCGCCGGGAUCCCUGACAACUCCGGCGCCAGAGCGGUGCCCUUGUGCGAUAGGGCCCAAUAUUUCAUCCCCGCUCCAGGCCGUCAGCACCUCGCGACCAAACUGAGACGGAAAGAUAUUAAUGAAUAUUCCAGCGGAGCGUCCAGCUCCAUCAGUGAGCUGGAUGACGCUGAUAAAGAGGUGCGCAAUCUGACUGCCAAGUCCUUCAGAAGCCUGGCAUGUCCGUACUUCGAUGCCAUCAAUCUCAGCACAUCCAGUGAGUCCUCCAUGUCGGAAUAUGGGCUUAAUAAAUGGUCCACCUAUGUGGACUGGAAUAAUGGAAAGGGUGUAAUUGCGCAGCAGACCUCCAGGGCGACACUGGCAAUGAAUAAGACGGUGGACAACAAGAACAAGGCGAGUAAUGAUUCAGAAGAUUCACAAAACAAACAAAACAACAACAGAGUCGCUCAUCAACAGACUUGUAGCAAAGAGGUCAAAGACCCAGCCCCCCCCACACAGACAGAGGUGACCCUGAAUUUCCACUGCGACGUUGAGGAGCCUGACGGAGGCGGGCGUCAAAAACCCAUCAAGAAUUCCCGAUGCGGCACAGGAGACCCACAAAAAUCCAGUUUAGCGUCAAGUCUGUUAAAAAACGUGAUUUCUAAAAAGAUGCAGUUUGAACAGGAGCGCAAAAUGGAAAGAGGCAGAGUCGGUGCCAGACGCUCAGCUGUGUCCCCGGAGAAGAGCCUCAGCAGGGGCUUACAAAGGCAGAGCUCUGAGUCUGGCUCCGGAUUAAGUAUUAACACCACUGAUGACCAGUGCCCCGAGGGCAGCAGGCCCAGCUCCUGCGGCCCUGCAGAGGGUCAGAAAAACAACAACAACAAGGUACCUAAUGAGUCAGAACAGAGUCAGCACCAGAACCAGCACCAGAACCAGGACUCCAAAGUCCAGCUCAGCCAGAGUCAGAGAAGUGCCUUCAACUCCAUCAGAGCGGGUGAGCCUGAACCUGCAAAAGAGGACGAGGACCCAGCUGUGAGUAAGGCUCAUGCGAAGGAAGACACCAGCAGCAUGCUGACAAAACUUCUGUUUGUCCCAAGAUGGCAGCUGCUCGCAAAGGAGAAGAAUUUCAACCAAGAUGACGUGGAGAAAGGACUCGGACCCGAAAUAAAAAUAAGGCUGAGAAGUGUCAAAGAGAACAAAGGCUGUACACUCAACAUCGCCAACCUGUUAACUCCUAAAAUAAGUUACAGCGCCGUGAACACAUUCAGGGCGGCAGGUGACGGGAAAUGCCAUCUUUUAUCUGCCGCAGAUAAAUUUCCAAAUUUCUCGGUAAGAAACAUAAGGGAGACGAAAUGCAAGUUUCAAACGCCAAUAUAUCGCGUCAGGGAUGUUCGUAAGUUGGUGAAAAGUUCGUACGGCUUGGUGUCUAUGGACAACGAGAGUAAAUGUUCGAAGGCUGCAGAGAAAUUGGGAGAAACCAGCAAAACGGGGUCAAGUAAACAUUUCCCACUCCCUGCUCCCAUCGUGAUCCAGUGUCACUCUGUCAACACGUUUGCAACGUCGCAGGCGUCCAAGGGAGCUCCGUGUGAAGGUGAACACGCACGCCCAUCUGUGGCGUCCAAACCACGGGCCGAGCACCCCGACUGUCAGCCAUGUUCUGACUCGAAGCUCCUCGCAAAACAAAAGCAGGAGAAAUUCACAGGCGACACGGCGGAGAAGAGGAACGAGGCGGCCAUAGAGAAGCUCAAAGCUGCGGUCAAAACAAUGGAGCAGCUCUACGUCUUUGACAGAAACGAAUGGAAGCGGAAAACUCAGUCCCAGCUGCCCAGAGCAGACGGUCACACGCUGCGACAGAGCGAGAAGCCGCCAGAGACAACAAACACAAACAGAGUUUCCCAGGCUUCCAGUAAAACGACACAGCAGCAGGAGGCCGCGGACGUCAUUCACGUCCCGUACACCAAGGACACGAGCAGCCUCCUUCAUUUUGGCAACAACAACAAAGCACAUGUCAGCAUUGCUUCUGUUGGUAACUCUAUUCCACAAAGCUCCAGGGCCGCGGCGGCGGCGGCGGCAGCUCCCCUUUCAGUGAAAAUAGAGCCCCCCAAACAUGUCCAGGUGGAGCAGGGAAAGGUCAAAAUCAUUCCCACUAAUCCAGCUGUCACACAGGCGUGCGGAGACUCCGAGGACUACUUAGCCAUACCGGGGCAGGGCUACACAAGUGAAAUCAAAGUGCACAAUCAAGAACCUGCUUCGAGGGAAGGGGAUUCCAGCAUCAGUCAGAGUCAAACAGGUGAGACACCUGAGCAGAAGAGGUCUCCACUGAUCAUGGAAUGUCCUGCUGCGAGCAUCUACCACCAUCCCGCAGCAGCAACUACAAAAACUGUGCCUCAAGCUCAGCAGCAGGUGAUGAGCAUCUCACCCUCUGACCCGACCAUGACCUCCACCUCACCUGUCAAAGAGACGGCACCACAAACCCAGCGCAAAAUGCUUUUGGACCCCUCUACGGGACAUUACUACCUGGUGGACACUCCCAUCCAGGCCACCACGAAGCGACUGUUUGACCCCGAGACGGGCCAGUAUGUGGAUGUCCCUGUGCCCCAUUCAGGUGCAACCCCUGUCACGCCCGUCCCUCUCUCUUUGUCUCCUCUGACACUGAGCCCAGGAGCGUACACACCCACCUACAUGAUCUACCCCGGCUUCAUCAGCUCGCCCCCGCUCCAAGCCCAGACCGUCCUGCCACAGUCUCCCUCUCAGUCUGAGGACACGAGUUUGGACAAAGUCAAACACGCCACCAGUCCAAAGCAGGACACCUGCACAUCAGGCCCAGAGAGCGUAUAUUACAGCGCAACAGCCGAGGCCCCCCAGGGGCCACUGAAGCUACCUGCGAGUGUCGGGCACUUGAGCGCCACGGCAGGUGGAGCCGGAUCUGCACGGAAACCACUAAUCAGCAUCACGUCGCAACAAGGUCCAAGAAUCGUCGCCCCUCCUUCCUUCGACGGAACAACGAUGAGUUUUGUAGUUGAGCAUCGGUGACCAAGAACAUUUCUCACUGCAAAACCCCUCAUGUCCCCCCUAAACAGACAGCAUCCAUUCACCGUAAGUGCAGUUUCACCCAUUCACCAACUGUGAUCCACUCCCAAGGACGACCUCCGACGACAAACUUCUCCCCUGACUUUUUUUGCGCUGCUGAUCCCUGCAGCGGACACUGCUCUACACUCUAUGCAUCGGUGCACUUUGUAGGGUAAACACAUUCGGCCGAAUGCCCUGGCUGAUGCUCUGCCAUGUUGCUAUAUAAAUCUGCUUUGAAUACUUUCCAUUCAGCUGCUUCUCCCGAUGAGUAUUUCUCUGUGCUGAAAUGUUGUACGGCCUCUGA